AUGAUCAGUCUCCCGGCUGCGGGCGAUGCGGCUGAGAUGGAAGGCACAGCCGACGACCUGGAGAGCGAGUCUUCUGAAGCUUCUGUCUUCCAGAUGCUCACAGAGUGGCAGAAGCGAGCCGAUGAGCAGGGCACGUACCGCAUCAGCCGCCGAAAGUCUUGCGAGAAGCUGACGACGAAGCGCCUGCAGUCUGGCAAGUACAACUUCAAGUGGGGCCGCAAGCUUCGAGGGGGCCAGCGCUUCCGUCAGAUCUGGGCGCUGCUGUCGGGCGCCUGCAUCCUCCAGGACUGCUUCUCGAUCCCCCUCCUCGCCUUCGGCCGUGGUCCGACGUGGCUUCUCGAUAUCAUGGAGGCGGUCUUCUGGACCGUCAACAUCCCGGUCCUGGCCUGGUUUCUGAGCAUCCACGAUAGCUGGAACUGGCGGGAAGUGAUACUCGCGUGCCUAGUGGAAACCAUCUUGGUCUGCAUGCUGUACGUCGAGCUGCUGACGUGGGUGCACUCGGUGGAUGUGGCUGUGGCGCUGCUGCGAGGCUUGCAGCUCGGACGGGUGCUCCACCUUCCCAGGCUCUACGACUGGGCCGGGCUCGCCAGGCCGGUGUCGAACUGGAUGCACCGCAGCAGCCGCGAGGUGCGCGCGCUGGUCAACAUGCUGCUCUCCAUGGUCCUGGGCCUCUUCUUCUUGCACGUGCUCACGUGCUUGUCGUUCGCGGUGCGCAGUGACGGAGCAAGCCUCGACGACCUUCCCAUGCAGGACCAGUACCGGAUCACGUUGGAAACCGCCAUGGGUCGGCUGCAUCCUGUGCGUACUGCCGAGAACAUGCUGCUGCCCACCCAGCUCGAGAGGGUGGUCGCGCUCUUGGCCUCGGGCUCGGCGCUGCUUUUCGGCUCCAUGUUUGCCUCGCUCGUCACCAACGACCUGGCGGACAUCAGACGCGUGCGGCGACAGCAGAAGGAGACGGUGUAUCAGGUCUCCGACUAUCUCACGAUCUUUCCCAUACCCUGGGACCUGGAGAAGCAGUGCAAGGAGUUCCUCCGCACGAAGAUGGCUGGUCAGGCUGCCCCCUGCAAGGCGGAAAUUGCCCAGCUCCUUCCGGACUUCUUGCGCCCUGGCAUUCGGUCUGAGGGCGUCCUCUGCUAG